AUGCCUGCAGGGACGUGUGUGGACCGUAUAAGCGACAUUUUGUGUGCUCGUGAUGUUAAGCUUUCGUUUUCGACCUUGUUGAGCUCAAAAGACACCUUAGGUGCCGAGAUAUCUUGCGAUAAUCGAAAUGACAGUGUAGACGCAAAAGACUGUAUUACUGGAGCCUCUUGUGGAAAAUACAUCGACAGCAGGAUAGACAGUGAAGAUAAUGAAGAUGGAAAUGUAAUAGACGUGACGCAGUUGUCAGUAGUGGAACUGCAGGCGCAAAUUGGACAGCAAUUUGUAGAAGGAAUGAAUCCAUACGUGGAAGAGUUGCAAGGGGAUGAAGAGUUUUAUGUGGAAGAUUAUCAUGAUGAAGGCAAUGAGAUGCAAAGUGGAUGUACUGACAAGGAAAAGGAGCUGAUGGAGUGGGAAAACCCGUCGUAUUUAGUGAAGGAUUUAGACACGGGCGAGAGUUAUCGAGUUGAAGAGAUUGAUCAACAGUUUACAUUAGUCACACUUGAUUCGGUGGCAGCACAAUAUAAACACAAGGAAAAACAAAAGGAGGGGACAGCUGGAUCCAAGUCAUCGUACCUGUUAUCGCUGUAUACGGCGGAUGAGACGGUGGAUAUUGAGAUUGAAGAAGAUUUGCCGGAAGAUGCGGAACUGGCGGACGCGAGCAACUUAAUGCGAGCUCGAAGCUCGAACAUGGUCGCGAUCUAUGCACCGAGCGAUGAGCUGCCAACUGGUCCGCCCAGGAAAUGCAGUUUUAUUGGUUGUACUGAGAUGCAUCAGCGAGUGUCAGGGUACUGUGCCGACCAUGAGAUGAUUGCAAGGGAAGAAGAAGACUCUAGGGCACAGGCUUUGUAUUUGAUUCCAUGUGGCGCACGUGCGGAAUUUGUCAAGAUUGCAAGCCAUGGGUUUGCAUAUGAUGCGUCAAACCGGCUGUAUACCGUGUACGCCAUCGAAAUGCGCUGUGUCCAGUCAGGUGCGACUUGGGUGAUCUACCGCCGGUACCAGCAGUUUAAGGAGCUAAAUGACCGUUUGCGUCCGUUGGGAGUGCGCGUACCGUUGUUGCCUCCUAAAAAGCUAUUGGGCUCGUUUGAACCAGACUUUGUUGCGAAGCGGCAGAAUGAAUUGUCCGACUGGUUAUCCUGCUUGCUAAACUAUGAUCGGGUAGAUCGGUCGGCCAAAAACCCUCAUUUGGUAGAGGAGGUUCGCAAAUUUCUGACCAGCAAGGCCGAUCAGCCUCCGCUUCUACUAGACAGACUGCCACUAAAGCGCUCACGAUUUUUUGGUGCUUCGCUUGCCGAUGACCGAGACAAUGAGACCCCGAUAAAUUUUGAGGCAGAAUUCACGCGUCUUCCUCUGCCGAGUUCAGAAAAUGUAGCUGCAAGUCCGCACAGUGGCCGUAGCAGCCUGGGUGCAUUGGGAAUGCGAUCACGACGAGACUCUGAUACAUUCAAGGACUUUACAUAUGAAAAUCCUGGUUAUCUCGAGUCCGUGGCUAAGGAGGAUGUGUAA